ACUUCAUCCACUCUGCGUAUGGAAACAUGCCAACCAAAAUGGCAACAUACUGCUGCGAAAAGGCGGUGUUGGUAACUGUGUAUGUAGAGAAGCCUAGGAGGAGGAUUCUUCACCACCAUCUUCAUUAUACCAUCAGAAAGGAGGUAAUACAACAGGAGCAUGGUGUUACCGGAAAAGGGUACGACAGAAGAGCUGAGCUUCUUCACUACUGUCAGCGUCUCCGGCUGUCUGCUCCACAACUACCACCACCUGCAUCCACAUCUUCAGAGUCAAAAGCAGAUUCUUCCACCCAUCAACAACCUUCAAACAAAAAUGCUACUGUCCAAAGAACAACAAAACAUUCAAGGACACCUGCUUGGCUGAGAAAGUCGAUAAUCUUGAUUCCAAGUUUUCUCAGAUCUUUAACAAGUCCUUCAAGCCAAGUAAACCAGGAAGAAAAGGAAACACAAUGACUCGAUGAGCUACAGGAUGCAAGAUGUAAUGAAGAGCAUACAGGUAAAAAAGAAGUGGGAGUUCAUUUCAAAACUGUUUUCGACAUCUCACAAACCUAGGUAAAGCUUCAAUCUGUGCUGAAGAUACAGAUUUCAAUUCAUUCAUACACCAAGCCAUGUAAAUUCAGAAGAGGAGUGGUUUUAUUUUUGGAUUGAAAAUUACAUCAAACAUACAAGAUUUCAGGUGUCCUAUAAUGGAAAGUUUUGAAAGCAUUCUAUUCCUAAUAAUCAUCAUUCAUUUCU